AUGCAUCACUACUUCCUCUCCUUGAUCGCGGCAAGCCAUACAGGCCUUGCUGCUGCUGUCUCCGGAACAGCAUAUGGCUUCGCGACGGGCGUGUCUGGAGGCGGCUCGGCCACUGCUGCUGCGCCAUCUGAUAUAGCCCAGCUCAAGUCAUGGCUUGCAGACAGCACGCCUCGAGUCAUACUCAUCGACAAGACCUUCAACUUCAAAGGGACCGAGGGAUCUGCUACUGGCUCGGGUUGCUACCAGAGCACCUGCACGCUUGCAAACGGUGGUCAAGACUAUAUUGGCACCUUGAGCUGCACAGGAAGUAACAUGAUCUCCACGACCAUUACCUACGAUGUCGCCGGCACCACACCACUCGAGGUAGCUUCUAGCAAGACAAUUUUGGGCGUCGGCAGCGCGGGCGUAAUCCAGGGCAAAGGACUGCACUUGGCGUCUGGCGUGUCAAAUGUCAUUAUCCAGAACGUGCACAUCACAGACAUUAACCCGGGCCAUGUUUGGGGUGGAGAUGGUCUCCAAAUGGACGGUGCAACGGGGGUCUGGAUUGAUCAUUGCAAGUUUAGCAAGAUUGGAAGACAGUUUAUUGUUUCGCACUACGACCGCAACCAAUUUACCGUCUCUAAUACCGAGUUUGAUGGUACCACGACGACAUCAGCCACGUGUAAUGGAGAACACUAUUGGACCAACAUGUUUAUUGGCAGUGGCGAUGUAAUCACGUUGGACAGAAACUACUAUCAUGACCUUUCAGGCCGUGCCCCCAAGCUUGGUGAGCCCGGCGCCACAACUGUGGUCCAAGCUACCAACAAUUACUUUUACAACAUGAAGGGUCACGCAUUUGACAUUUACCAAGAUACCUCGGCUCUUGUCGAAGGCAAUGUCUUUGCAACCGUCACAACGCCCAUGACCAGUACCAGUUCGUCCGGCGCCGUCUACGAUGUACCUGAUUCAUCAUCAGCUUCAGCAUGCUCUAGCUAUCUUGGGCGCUCCUGUCAGGCCAACUCGCUGAGUGGCUCGGGAUCAUGGCUCAGUCUCAAAAAUACGGCUGUACUGAGCACAUUCCAGUCGUAUGGCAGUCGAUGGAUGGUAUCUCCAAUCGCAGCAAGCAGUGUUAGCGCAACAGUCCUAGCAAACGUCGGAAUCGGAAAGAUUUAA